CGAUUUUGGGUUCAAAGAAAAAAAAAGGGGGAAAUUCCUGUGCCGCAACAAACCAGGUAGGGUUUCCCGUCAAAUUAAUCGUGCAGGCAAAAGUACUUUUGGCGUAAGAAGGAAGAUCAAAAGGAAGAUGUCGAGUAGCAGUGGUUCCAGAAGAAGAGUAAGAGAUAGGGUUCCAUAUCUGGAGAUGAGGAUUGGGAGUAAAGGAGAGGACUAUGCUCAGGUGACCCGGUUGCUGGAUAGGCGCGGCUUUUUUGAAGCUGUGGGUAUCAACGAUGGUAUCAAACGAGUCUGUCUUGCCGAAUUUAGUGGGCUUGACAAGGACCGUGUUUCCCCCGGAGACAUUGUCCUUGUCCCGGCGCCGGAGAGCCGUCCUGUUAUGAUCCUUCAUUACUACACCCCACCUGAAGUAAGGCUGUUGAAACUUCAUAUGCAGUUACCCAAGACUGUUCUGCUCAAUGGUGAACACAAUGAUGCUGUUGAAGAAGGGUAUGAAGGGUAUGAUUCUGAUUACGACCGGGUUUGAUGAUGGUGAUAGUGAAUAAUAUGGGACACUGAUGAUAAAUGGGUUCAUUCUGGUGAAUGCUCCUCUGACCCUCCAGUUGCAUGAGGAUGCUAUUUCUCUGUAAUUUGGUGUUAUUAUUAAGGCAUUCACAACAAUGAUAAAAUUGUUGUGUAAUGUCAGAGCAAAUAAACAACUCAUUCAUUGUGAGUGAGAUAAUGAUCUUAGGGAUGUAAAAAAUUUCACACGGGUUAAUUUGACAACAAGUUGGCGCGAGCGGAGCCUACAACAUCGCAAGCCUCCCUUUUUUCCUCUAUUUUUUUUUCUUUUCUUCAUAUGCAUUUUGCAGAUUUUUAUUUCCUUUUCCGUUUUUAUUUUUUUGGUUAAUUCUAUUUUUAUUUUCAAAAUAAUUUCGAUGAUGAGG